CAUAUAUUUUAUUAAUUUAAUGACUUAAUAACUAUAACAUAUGUAAUUACUUAACAUUAUUUUUCUUAUAAUGGCGCUAUUUCCACGACGAUGGCGGUAUAAUUUACAUAUCAACACUUUUCCAAAAUUUGUUAUCGGCGUUGUGUUUAUUUAUGUUUAUUGUGAAUAUCUCAUUUAUUAUGUCACGCAAAUACAGUGUGGAUGGCCAGAUCUGGCAGAAGAACCAAUUGAGGAGCCUGUGUACGCGAUGGUCAUAGCUGAUACACAUUUGCUGGGAUCUCGGAACGGCCACUGGGUAGACAAGUGGCGGCGAGAGUGGCAGAUGCAUAGGGCCUUCCAGACUGCUAUAACUUUACAUAGGCCUGAAGUUGUAUUUGUUUUAGGUGAUCUUUUUGAUGAGGGUAAAUGGUGCCCUGAAAAAGAGUUUAAUGACUAUGUGGAGAGGUUCCACAAACUGUUCAAAGUACCUGAGGGUACAAAAAUGCAUGUUGUUGUGGGAAAUCAUGACAUAGGCUUCCAUUAUAAGAUCACGCCGAGUCUGGCGCAUCGCUUCGAGAAGAAGUUAGACGCGCCGCCGGUGAGAUUGAUGAGCGUGCGCGGAAACCACUUUGUGCUCGUCAACUCUAUGGCGAUGGAGGGCGACGGCUGCCGGCUCUGUGCGCGGGCUGUCAACUUGAUUGAGAAGAUUGCAGAUAUAUUGAAAUGCAGUAAUGGAUCCCCACUAUGCAAAAGCAAUAUGAAAGUGGAUAACUACAGUCGACCUAUUAUAAUGCAGCAUUACCCGCUAUAUAGAGAGUCAGACAGUAUAUGUACGGAACCGGACGCGGCUCCGUUGCCAGAGCGAAAUAGCUUAUUUGAAGAACGAUGGGACUGCCUCUCUAAGGAGUCUACCGAGUACCUAGUAGAGAGUCUAUCCCCUCGCGCUGUAUUCGGCGCGCACACCCACCACAGUUGCAUGGUUCGCCAUAGCUUCGUGCCCACUAGUAACCAUAAGAUAGAGUUUAUAGAAUACACUGUGCCAUCGUUUUCAUGGAGAAAUAGACUGGAUCCUAAGUAUUAUUUGCUAACAAUUAGUCCGAAAGAGGUGAAGGUGUCGAAGUGCGGUCUUCCUCGGGAGUGGACGAUGCAGGUGACGGCAGUAGUCAUGUUCUGCGUCCUGGUCGUCUACCUGCGCUUCUCCAGUACCGCCGCACACUAUGGAUACAAGUAUUUGUCUGGAAAGAAAGUCUGACUGAGAGCCAUUGAGACUGGAAGUUCAUCUAAAGGUUACUUUUUCUAUUAUUUUCAAUCAUUCAAACACAAAUAAAAUAUUUAUAUUAUUGAUUAUUUUAAUAUUUUCUUGAAGAUUUUUUUUAUAUGGCAAUACAAAGUAUUAUAAUGGAAUAC